AUGCCAAACUAUGGAAAGUUCAUCGAGGACAUCUUAAGCAAAAAGAGACGUUUGGAAGAUACAGAGAUGGUGGAAUUGACGGAGCAGUGUAGCGCAGUAAUACAAAGUCAUCUAUCACCUAAGCGAAAGGAUCCAGGGAAUUUUUCUAUUCCUUGCACCAUUGGCACUAUUUCUUUUCAAAGAGCAUUGUGUGAUCUAGGUUCUAGUAUUAAUUUAAUGCCUUUGUCUGUAGCUAAAAGAAUUGGUUUGGGAGAAAUUAAGAAAACUAAUAUUUCUUUGCAGAUGGCGGAUAGAUCACUUACAUAUCCUCAAGGCAUUCUUGAAGAUGUACUAGUGAAGGUGGAUAAAUUCAUAUUCCCAGUUGAUUUCAUAGUUUUGGAUAUGGAAGAAGAUGUCGACACUCCAAUUAUUUUAGGCCACCCAUUUCUCAUUACGGGAAGAAUGAUAAUUGACGUAGAAAAAGGUUCUUUGAUCCUACGAGAUGCCGAUCAAGAGGUGGAAUUCAAAGUUUUUGAUGCAACCAAGUAUCCCAUUGAUUCGGAGUAUUGUGUUCGUUUAGAAGCAGUAGAUCAUGUUGUUCGACCACAAUUCAUGGAGGACUACCCAAAAGAUCCACUAAAAGCAAGUUUGGUUCAUGAUAUAAAGGUAGGAGAGGAGCCACACGUGCUCGACAUGGUGAACAUAUUGGAAACCAAGGCCAUCCCAACCACCACUGCCUUUGCAAUCAACAAAAAGAGACCUUCACUCUCCACGAUCCUGGGUGAUAAUCAUUCCAAAAGUUGGGCAGGGUACUAUAAACCAAGCGCUUGUUAG